AUGACAAAGGGAAAUAGAUCUUUUACUUUAUCAAACAAUCAUGUAAGUGAGAACAGUUAUGCCAAAAAAUAUACGAAUAGAAGACUCAGUCCAGGAUCAAGUGAUCGAGAGCCAACAACGACCGAGUUAAAUCCACCUACACCAGUUGAGUCAAAUCCACGAACCGUUAGUACAACGCAUUCCGAAGCUCAUCCAAACGCUAUGACUACAGGUGUACCAACUUCCCCAGUAGCGACUGAACCAUAUCCUACCAGGGGAAGAGGUAGAAAAGGAAUAGUGCCAGAUGGAAAAGUCCAAUUUAGCUCAAACAAGACAAUCACUGGUGUGACUAAAGAUGGCUUUGAAACAUCUCCUGUGCAAUUCAUUUCACAACUUUCUCAUUCACCUCAACAAAUCAAUUCCGAUCAAAUUUCGAGAGCGAUCUCCUCCACACAAGAACCUCUAUUGGAUUUUGAAAGCAGAUUGCUUCCGAUUGAAAUAAGAGUGUUUCAUCAACUCUCAUUUGCUCAAGAACCGAAAUGCUUUCUACGUGAGAAUGAAAAUCAAAAACUCAAGCGUCUAUCUGCCAACAUAUGUCAGGAUGGUCAUAGUGUUAAAUUACCAUUCAAUUAUUUAAACAACUCCAAUCAUCAUGAGGAAACUAAAGUCAUGCUCCUCUCCACACCAAGCUAUAUUUUCAACAAAAACCAUGCUCUUUUCAAUAAAGAAGACCUUACAUUCCACAAUGUCGAUUCCACUUUAUUAAUGAAAACAAUAGCUGUUGCAAAAUUAAAAGAAGUUUUGCAUAACAUGGAAUUCUUCAUUAAAGAUCGACUCAUGGAAUCAUCCGUAAAGAAUGUCAGACCAUACUGUGUUGGAUCUAUCUCACCUGGUAUUUUCAAUGAUCACUUGAUGAAUCAAUUACAUGAAAUAAAUUUUCAAUAUGUAAUUGAAAACGAAUCUUACUCGUCGAAUGAUACCAAAAUGUCAGUUAUUAUACAUCACUACAAAUGCACUCUACUUGACCCAAAUGGAGAGAGAAGCUUCAAGUAUCCAAAAUUGAUUACCAACGACUGGUGGUUCAGAGAUACCUAUAAAUCAGGAGUUGCUGCAAGAUUUGUGGUUGAAUCAAUUAGCUUUAAAAUCAACUCACUUUUUAACACUGUGACAGUAGAAUUUGAGUAUGGUAAAUAUGCUAUCUCAACAAAAACAGUGAAUAACGAAGUUUAUUGUAAACUCGAAGAAAAAAUGCCAUAA